AGAGGAAUGCCACUGCACUUCAUCGGCAUCCACCGCUUCUACAUUUUUUUUAUUCUCUGUUAACAUUCUUUACCGUUGGUGCUUCUUGAACAAAGUUCAAAAUGAAAGUGCUUAUCGGCCUGUUGUCUUUGGCGGCUGUGUGCCAUGCAGGAGUGUACAAACGCGCUGCCGGUGACCAGAAUCCGAAGGUCUUCACCGCCUUGGAUACCCUGAGCAACGGCAAGACGAAAUUAGACGCCGGUCAGCGUGCUGAGCUGUACAAUCACGCGCAAGCUGGUCAGGACUACCCCAUUAUUGCCGUGAUUCCCAAAGCCGGUGUUGACUGCGCUUCAGUCAAACCAGGUUUUUAUGCUAACGACGGCGAGGGCAAAUGCCAGGCUUUCGACCGCUGCGACAUCAACGGCAACCUCACCAGCUACCUGUGCCCCAACAUGACGCUAUUCAACCAAAUUACACUGAUCUGCGAUUGGUUCUUCAAUGUCGACUGCACUAAAGUCCGCCAGUUCUAUGACUACUCCAACAGCCGUCUGUACCAAGAAAACUCUCACCUUCUGGACGACGAACCCGAUUACGUUGUGGUUGCCACCGGAGCUGCUGAGUCCUCUGCCUCCGCCUCUGGCUCCGUGACCAUCAAGAAGAGUGUGAAGGGCAAGGGAAAGAAUAAGCGUACAAAGCGUGCUGCCGGUGACCAGAACCCCAAAGUUUUCACCGCCUUGGAUACCCUGAGCAACGGCAAGACGAAACUGGAUGCCGGUCAGCGUGCUGAGCUGUACAAUCACGCUCAAGCCGGUCAGGACUACCCCACUAUUGCCGUGAUUCCCAAAGCCGGUGUUGACUGCGGAUCCGUCAAACCGGGUUUCUAUGCUAACGAUGGUGAAGGCAAAUGCCAGGCUUUCGACCGCUGCGAUAUCAACGGAAACCUCACCAGCUAUCUGUGCCCCAACAUGACGUUGUUCAACCAAAUCACCCUCAUCUGCGACUGGUUCUUCAACGUUGACUGCACCAAGGUGCGCCAGUUCUAUGACUACUCCAACAGCCGUCUGUACCAAGAGAACUCUCAUCUUCUGGACGACGAACCCGACUACGUUGUGGUCGCUACUGGAGCCGCGGCGACGUCGGCACCGGCUUCUGGGUCGUCGGAGGCCAAGAAACCGGCCAAGUCAAAGAAAGGAGGCAAAAAGCAGUAGUUUGAUGUGAUGGCAGUGUGAUCUCUGUGAUUCUCCUGGGCAGUGCCGCAGUAGCAUAAUGCUUGUUCGUAAGUCAUAAUUUCGAUUGUUAAAAAUUCCGCUAUAUACCGCGAUUGAGUUGAAGUCUUAAAAAUGAUGUCUAAACAAGUUAAAAUCAACGAAACAAUGCCGCAAGUACUGUACAAAAUAAAAUACUUGU